GAUGUGUUGAAGCCUCGCAGUAAAACUUGGCAUAUGAAUGCAGUAGGAUCAUAAUCAGUGCUUCGUAAAAUAAUUAAAUAAAUAAAUAAAUAGUGUAUUGAUAAUAAAUUAUAACCAAAAAUAAUAAAAAGUAUAAAAUGGAUCCUGAAGCAUUUUUAGAUAUGGCCAAUCAGGUCAUUAAGUUAAAAAUGUUUCCAUAUUUCGAUAUUGCACAUAGUGUGUUGUGUGCUCUACACGUCAGAGAGGAUUUAGGACCCGGGGCACAGGCAUUCUCGAGAAAGCAUCCAAUAUCAUGUUGGCUGUCAACGAUGUUAGUGGUCUUUGCUGGAGGCAUGCUAUGCAAUGGAUUAUUGGGAGAACCUAUUCUAGCACCAUUGAAAAAUACACCUCAAGUAUUAGUAGCAACUAUGGUUUGGUAUGUGAUAUUUUAUACACCGUUUGAUAUUGGUUACAAAAUUGCUAAGUUUCUGCCAGUUAAAAUAGUCCUGUCUGCCAUGAAGGAAAUUUAUAGGUGUAAAAAAGUCUACGACGGUGUGACUCACGCCGGAAAAUUAUAUCCCAAUGCAUAUCUCAUUAUGAUCCUGAUUGGAACCUUGAAAGGUAAUGGUGCAGGCUUUACAAAAUUAUUCGAACGAUUAAUCCGAGGGGUUUGGACUCCAACAGCAAUGGAAUUCAUGCAACCUAGUUUCCCAACCAAAGCCUGUAUGGUAGCAUCAAUUAUAUUCGUUUUGGACAAAAAGACUGAUUUAAUAUCAGCUCCUCAUGCUCUUGUUUACUUUGGAAUCGUUAUCUUUUUCGUUUACUUUAAGCUAUCAUCAAUUCUACUUGGAAUUCACGAUCCUUUCGUACCAUUUGAAAAUCUUAUUUGUGCUCUAUUCUUCGGUGGAAUCUGGGACUCAUUGGCAAAACUUAUGGGACGUGGACAGGCUAAAGAUGAAAAGUCUGAUGCUAAAAAAACUAAUUAAUUCAUUUUAAUUAGAUUCUUUUUUUUAAACAUUAAAUUUAAAAAAAAAAAAAAAA